CUUUCUUUCCAUCAACGUUAUAUGCGCGAUGGCCACCAACCGCACUCUUUCGCUGUGUGCCGAUCCGAAACAUGUGUUCCAGUCCUUCGAUAAUCUCGGCAACUGUUACAACGCAGCUGGGGACACGUUAGGUUCUAAAUUCACUAAUGUUGUGGAAACAUGUUUGAACGAUUACUGCAAGAGCCCAUACCCUAAUCUAGGUGGCUGUGGGAAUUGGCAUGGCACGGCAUCCCUCCCAUUCGUGGUCAACACCACGAAGGGCAACCAGUACUUCUGGAACAAUGCUACCUGCGCCGGGGUCAGUGAUAAGGUAAAUGCGGAUAUUGGAGGACCUGGCGUCUUCGUGUCCUACUUGCUGCAACUAGGAAUAAUCUUUUAUUUUUGGUUCCUACUCCGCUCAUUUCGCCUCUUCCCACUCGUAACCUCCUUCUGCGCCAGAAGAAAGCAACCUUGCGACACAACGCCUCCCACAAACCAAACCAAUGGAAACAUCAUCCCCAAAAUCCGGCAUUUCUUCAACCAGCACGACCGCAUCACGAGGGUAAUCCUCGUCGAAUUUCAAGAAGCCCAAUGCUUCUUCAUGAUCGCCUCACAAGCCGCAAUUCUACUCGCCAAGAAGUCAACUACUAUCUUCCAAUCCAAUACCAUGCCCUCCCUCUGGGCAAACAACGGCGUUGCGGGAGUAGUCUCCAGCGCCGGCGUAUUGCCCAUUGUCAUGGGGAUGUGGAGUCUCCAGAAGAUGCACCUGACAGAGGCCUGGAUUUUCCUUCUGUCCGUCACAACCAUUAUCGUGUCUGAGUUCGCGUUGUACUGGACGCAUGAAACUCCAUCAGUUGGUCAAAUUAGUCCAUUUGACUAUAAUGGAUGGCCAGAAAGUUGUGGUGGGUAUGCGCCGCCAUUGAUUUACUGUACGGAUCCGAACGUGGAAUCAACCCUAAGGCUUCCGCUCCUCUUAUUCUGGGAGGUGCUCAAUCCUUAUUGUUUGAUUGUGUUUGGACUAGAUGUCAUCAUGUGGUUUUGGCCAUAUGCAGUUAGAAUGGUGAAUGUUGAGGACGUUUAUCAGAGGACUUGCGCUCGUCUGGGUCUCCGCAAUUUCCCAUCCGACGUUCGACGACUGCUCGCUUCAACUUGGGGCCAAUGGUUCAAGAAGUUACCUAGUUUGCUCACGCUCUGCGUUGAGUCGCUCUUUCUCGCAGCUGUAUUUUUGGAAUGUAUGUGUUUUGCCGAGUUCGGGCACCUCGGGGUAAUCGACUUUUCGGGUUGGGGGUUUGGCCAGAUUGUUGCGCUGGCUAUCUGGUUCCCUGUGGCCAGCAAAUAUGCCUACCUGAUUAUAUUUGGCACUGAGUCUUACUCGGAAGCUCGCAUGCCUGAGUCUGAUAACACAGGGAAUGAUAAAGGUACAACUAACAAAGACGCCGAUGAUGUUGAAUUGGCGGCUCUGCAGUCCUCCGACGUUAUUGAACACAAGGCCCAGGAUGGACACGAAGCCGGUCGACGAUGAAGCAGACCGGGAAGCUGGUUUGGAUCCUAUUUUGGCGAAUGUCAUAUGGGAUGCGACUAGAAAGAACUAUGAACCUCAUAAGAGAUUUGGAUUAAAUAAUGAAUUAAUACGAGGUUUAUGAAGCAACAUGGAAAACAA